AAGAAAAGUUCGGCUGCUUGUUGGACUCGGAGUUUCAAUGCACCGUCACGCCUCUUGCCUCGGUGCAUGGAGCGAGCUCAGUGGCGCAGCGGCGUCUGUCCAGACCAAGCUGCAGCCUGUUGGCAGAGCUGCCCCAGUCCAGCAGCUGCAUGGCGCAGCUGCCGGCCACACGGGACUACUACAUCUUGAAACAGAUUGCUGAGCAAUGGGCCGGUCAAUGGGUGGCAACCCGUGACUUGCUGAGGGUUCUGUUUUCCAUUGGGCUUCAGCAGGGCCAUGCCGCUGCUGACCAGAACCCGUCCACCUUUUCGAGGUUGCAUCAGUGAUUAGGAAGUGACGGCAACUGCAACGAGUCUCAUCAUGACGAGCUGCUGUACACUAUGUCGGGGUACGACUCUGACACCUUUCAUCCGACAAGAUUGGGCUCCAUGUCAAAGUGCAAGGCCAGCCCUUGCAUUCCGUUUGCAAUGCAAACUUCGUCCUAAUUUGCCAUGGGUACGGAAAAAGCACUCGGAUGUUGGAUGCGCUCGUGAGGUGCCCAUUGGACUGCGAAGGUCACAGCCGCGGGCAUUCUCCGGCAGCCUAGGGGCCCUAGCUUCCGACGAUGAUGAUGAGGAUUCGGAGGCGUUGGAAGUGACGCGCGUGCGGUCACGGCCGCGGUCUGUUCAAGACCUGGACGAGCUCACUCCGGCGGCGAGGGAACGGAUUGCUCAAUUUGUCAAGGACGACUGCAAUCUGACCUCCACAAGCUAUCUUGGAGAGAGUGAAGACGAAAGCACUUUGAGCGAGAAUGGAAGAGGCAACGGUCAGCACAGUGAUUUCUUGGAGGGGACCUCUUCGGCGAAAGAGCUUGGAUACCAGGUUUUGGAGAUUAACAGCGCUGGGAAAUUGAAGACACGCGACAUAAGCAGGCGGCAGCUUCUCAGAAGCACAGGGUUGCGUCCGCGGGAUGUGCGACGAAUAGAUCCCUUGUUGUGGGUGACCAACUCCUUGCCUGCCAUACUGGUCCGCAACCAGGCCAUCUUGUUGAACCUGGGCAGCCUGCGGGCCAUUGCUACUCCGGAGCACUGCCUUGUCUUUGACCACACCAGUGUUGGAGCCGCGGCUUUCUUGGAGGUGUUCACGGCGCGGCUGGCCGCCUCCCAUUCGCAGGGCGGGUUGCCCAUCCCCUUCGAGCUGGAGGUGGUGGAGGCGGCGCUCAUCAGCCGCACGACGCGGCUGGAGGCCGCGCUGAUGGAGGUGGAGCCGCGCGUGGCCAUGCUCCUGGAGCUGCUGCCCAACAAGCUCACCGCAGACGCGCUCGAGGAGCUGCGCCUCGCCAAGCAGGCCCUGGUGGAGCUGGGCAGCAAGGCGGGCGCGCUGCGGCAGAUGCUGCUGGAGCUGCUGGAGGACAGCGACCGCAUCCGGCGCAUGACGGCCAUGGGGCGGCUGUGCCGCAGCCACCGCGCGGCCGGCGUGCUGGAGUGCGACCCCGCGUUCGACGAGGCGGAGGCGGAGGAGGAGGAGGAGGAGGUGGAGACGCUGCUGGAGUACUACCUGCAGCGCUGCGACAGCUGCCACGGCCAGGCCGAGAAGCUGCUCGACUCCGCCAAGGAGAUGGAGGACUCCAUCGCGGUCAACCUCAGUUCACGGCGGCUGGAGGUGAACCGGCUGGAGCUGCUGCUGGCCAUCGGCACGUUCGCGUGCGCGGUGGGCGCCAUGGUGGCCGGCAUCUUCGGCAUGAACCUGACGUCCUACCUGGAAACGCAAAAGCAUGCCUUUUGGAUAACGGCUGGCGGCAUUAAAGAUCCUCUAGCCUGUCGGCUCGAGCCCGAGGGACACAUUGUGUGCCAUUGGACAUGGGAACGGCGAGGCCACCGGUCGCUCGUGGCACGUACCUACACCGAUCGCGCGAUCUGCUCGUCAAUCGCAUGCAAGGUAUCAGCCUCGAGUUUCAAGCUUAUGGGCCUCGCGCGGUGCUUGCAGACUAGCACACAUUGGCACUAG